AUGACUCGGGUAUCUAUGCAGGUCCGCAAAAUUUUCAUAAACUACAUACAACGGUCCCGAGCAACUGGUAGCCGUACUGAGGCUGCAAAAGAACUUAAGAAAAUGAUAGCUUUCAACAGCUUGGUUGUAACAGAAUUAAUAGCCGACAUUAAGGGAGAAUCAUCAGAAGACGUGUCAGAAGAGCUUGUUAAGGAGGAAGAAAAACAAAUAGAUGAGGAUGAGGAAUGGGAAACCUUGCAAUCACUUCGAAAAGUACGACCCAGCAAAGAAAAAUUGGGAAAGCGAAGCCAGUCAGAAAUAAAUCUCAAAGAUGACCUCCCAGAUAGAGAUAGGACUGACCUCUACAAGACAUAUUUGCUAUUUUGUUUAACUGGAGAAGUCACCAGGAUUCCAUUUGGUGCUCAAAUCACCACAAAGAAGGAUGAUUCCGAGUAUGUCCUGCUAAACCAGUUGGGUGGCAUCCUUGGUUUGUCCGACAAGGAAAUUGUGGAAGUACAUAGAAGCUUAGCCGAGCAGGCUUUCAGGCAACAAGCUGAGGUGAUUUUAGCUGACGGACAACUAACAAAAGCCAGGAUUGAGCAGCUCAAUGAAUUGCAGAAACAAGUUGGCUUGCCAUCCCAAUAUUCUCAAAAGAUAAUAAAGAGCAUAACAACUACAAAAAUGGCAGCAGCCCUAGAAACAGCAGUUGGUCAAGGAAGGCUUAGCAUAAAGGAGAUCAGAGAACUUAAAGAAGCUGGAGUCGACUUAGACUCUAUGAUCUCCCAGAGCUUACGUGAGAACCUCUUCAAGAAAACUGUAGACGAGAUCUUCUCAUCCGGUACUGGAGAGUUUGAUGAAGAGGAAGUAUAUCAGAAAAUCCCACAUGAUCUCAACAUCAAAGCUGAGAAGGCUGCAGGAAUUGUUCACGAGCUUGGACGAAGCAGACUAUCAAACUCACUGAUUCAGGCUGUGGCAUUGCUAAGGCAGAGAAACAAUACAGGGGUGGUCUCCUCACUCAAUGACUUGUUAGCAUGUGACAAGGCUGUUCCUGCAACACCAUUAUCAUGGGAGGUACCAGAGGAGCUAGCCGAUCUUUUUGUUAUAUACCUGAAGAGUGACCCAACACCUGAGAAACUCUCGAGAUUACAAUAUCUAUUGGACAUAAGCGAUUCAACAGCAGAAACUUUGAGAGCUAUGAAAGAUAGAGCUGUGUCGAAUGCAGCCGAAGAGGAAAAGUUUGUAUUUUAAAUUUAGUUACCAUGUUAUAGGCACCCGGCAAAUGGCUUGCCACAUCCUGGUUGAGUUAUUCAAAUUUUGAGUGAAAAAUCACAUUGUUAAAUAUUUAGGAAUGGGGCAUUAAGAUUUGGGGGUGUAGAUAUGCACGUUUGGAUCUACAUUUAAGGGUUGGGAAUGCUUAUUCCAUUUGGAUUAAUGCUAAUGGUAGAGUACCUU